AUGAGUUUAUGGCUUUGUGAUAAAUGUGGAAAAUGGCAAGGUAGUGUACAGGUACAACAUCAAUUAUUAUUAAGUAGUAUAUUCUUAGUCAAAUGUGAAUUAGAUAUGAUACAAUUUGAUAAUUACGAUCAAUAUUACAUCGACGUUAUUGACGAUAAAAAUGGUGGUGGUUCACCUCAUUCUGAUAUUAAAUUAAACAUUCAACAAGUGUUAAAUGAAGAAAAAUCUAUUCAGACAGGGACAGGACUGACAACAAGCGCGUCAACUUUUACCACUGGACGACCAUGUCUAGCUGGUACUCAAACACUGAAGCACCAAUUAACUAAAAAUCAGGAAACUAAUCUAGACAUGACAAAUACAAGUAUUCUUAGUAUGAACGCAUGUGACUUUACACAGGACUCUAGUGGACUAGGGUCUAUGAUUUCUGAACAUUGUAACACGAGCAAUAUUUCAGGUUAUUUCAAGGAUGGAGACCGGUCUGAUUCACAUUUACACUGGCCUAAUCAUAGUCUUAUAACUUUAGAUGAGGAUACAAGCGAUAUGAGUUUGGAUAAGAGUGAUGAUUAUACAAACGGGCCAUGUGAUAAUAACAUAGAAGUUCCAAUUAUUAAGACAGAAUAUCCACAUCUUGAAUCUCAAAUAAAAUCUCCAGAGUUGGCUAUGCGAACUUCACCAUCUAGCGAAGGAAAAUCCGCCAUUCAAUAUGGUUCUAGUGAUGAAUUUGACUAUGACACAAUGGUUGCUCAAACACGAAUGAUUGCUAAUCGGGAUUUUCAAACAAUGGAUGAGAAUUUCGCAUCAGUAGCACGUUACGUUGAAGAGUUGACAGGUUGUAGAGAGUUGAAAAAAACAACUAACACAAAAGAUAGCCAGAAUACAAAAAUUUCGUCUACUAGUAGACAAACAACUCCAGGUAAACCACAGCAUUAUCAUUACCAGCACCAUCACAAUCAACAACAACAGCAACAACAACAACAGUGUGUGACACAGUCAAUGAACUCAUCACCUGUCGGUUCUGUUCGUCAUCAACAAGAUUAUCAACUUCACAAGUUACAACAGCUGCAACAGCUCUAUCAAAAACUUAUUUCAUUACCAUCAAUGAAGUAUCCCAAAGUUGAUGAUAAAAGUUCUACUGAAUUAACAACACAAGAUUUACUGUUGCGUCUUUUGACCAAUCAGAAUAUUAAUGAAUCUUUAUUGAAUAAUCUAUUACCAAGUGUUGAUACAGUUAUUGAAAAGAAUAAUCGAAGAUCUUCAUCAACUAUUGGUCAGAAUUGUAAACAAUUUAAUAUUUCAACUAAUCAAUUGCCUAGAAAUAAUCGAAGAGUUACAUUAAAUGAUUUAACUUCUUAUGAUGAAUGUCUUCUUCGUAGUAUUUUGUCUAAUACACCUUAUACAUCAAUGCAAAAUAAUACAGAUGGAAUACAUCCUAUUCAUAUGCAAGGAUUUCAUCAUAAUAAUGAAAGUUUGAUUACUAAUGUUCACAAUAGACGAUCAAAUCCAUUACAGAAUCCAUUGUUAUCUUCAAAUUAUAAUCAAUUAGUUAAUUUAAUCUCACAACUAGAUACUAAUGCUGUAAAAACUGAUUUACUUUCUCAUACAACAUCAAUGAAUACAAAUACUAUGGCUUUAUUAGCCAGUUUAUUAAAUACUACUCAAUCACAAUCGAAUACAUCUGUUCAUAAUCCUAGUUCUACACCACAAGAACAACAUAAUAUGCUUUAUAGUCUUUUAGCAAAUCAAUUGUCCAGUUUUCAAUCUGAUUCUACAUUGAACAACAACAACAACAACAAUAAUAAUAAUAAUAAUAAUCAUGCGAACAUCUCACAACUCCUUCAUGAACGUGUAUCAAACGAGCGUGAAACAAGUUUACUAAAUUCUAUACUAUUAAAAUCGGACUAUCAAGGAGAUCAUAUUUCAUCUUCACCGCUUUCAUCUUUACAACGUCGUCAAUAUACAUUAUCUGAUAAUAGUUUAACAGAAGAACUAUCUCAAUUAGCUUUACCUUAUCAAAAAUUAAUGAGUUCAUUUGAAAAUGAUAUUGAUAAAGCAGCAAAUGUUUAUAGAAAUUCUGCAAGUACAGUGGCUCAAACAAGUGAAGCAGCUUAUCAUUGGUCAGGAAAAUUACCAAUUCGAGUUCAUCGAUCUAUGACUUUCUCUCGUAAAGUAUUUCUUGGUGGAGUACCUUGGGAUAGUACAAGUGAAGAAUUGAUUAGAGCUUUUUCUCGAUUUGGUAAUGUUAGUGUUUGUUGGCCACAAAAGGAUGGAUCAAACUCUAGUAAUACACAUCUUAAAGCUUCAUCAACUAAAGGUUACUGUUAUCUGGUAUUUGAACAUGAAGUCUCUGUUACUGAACUACUUGCCAACUGUGUUCAUAACCCUACAACAGGUGGUGAAUAUUAUACAAUAUCAAGUCCUAAAUUCAUAUCCAAAGAUGUACAGGUUAUACCAUGGGUCAUUAGUGACAGUCAGUAUACAAAAUCAACUCCCAGCUCUUCAGAUAUCAAGAGAACUGUAUUUGUUGGAGCACUUCACGCCUUGAUUACAGCAGAAAUAUUAGUAACCAUUAUGAAUGAUUUAUUUGGAAAUGUGAUUUUCGCUGCUUUAGAUACAGACAAGUAUAAAUAUCCAAUAGGUUCUGGCAGAGUGAUUUUCUCUAGUCAUAAAAGUUAUAUGAAAGCGAUUACAGCUAAUUUUGUGGAUAUUCGUACUACAAAAUUUAUUAAAACAAUUCAAAUUGAUCCUUAUUUAGAAGAUGCUGUUUGUAAUAGUUGUCUCUCAUAUCCUGGCAUGUAUUUUUGUAGAGCAUUUGAAUGUUUUAAUUAUUUUUGUCCAGCAUGUUGGCAUAUAUGGCAUAAUUCAACGGAAACAUUGUAUACACAUAAACCUUUAAGGAGAACAUUUAAACCAAAUAUUGAUCGGCAAUGGCAAACUGGUGUAGUUGUAACAACCACGAUGACCACGACGACGACGACGACGACGACAAUGACGAUGACGAUGACGACUAUGAUGAUGACAACGGCAGCGACAACAAUAUCUCCAACGAUAACAACAACAACAACAGCAGCAGCAGUACAAAGUAGAUUUUAGUGAAUAUGAUCAAUCCAAUAUGAUGAUCAUUGUUGUUUAUUAUAACCUCUUAAAGUUUUGAUUAUCCAAAAUUUAGUCUUUAACAGUUUUUAUAUACUCUGUAUUGUUU